AUGCUCCGGCAGCAGCAGUUUCAACAACACCAGCACCUGCCAGAGCAUGACCGCCACCUCCCCUACCAGCACGGCCACGGCCGUGAUGUGAUGCGCGCUGACAGCGGAACUGGCGACACUCGCCACCAUCACGGCAGCCGCCACUCUGACAAGCGUGCGUCUCGUGUUCAGCCCAGCGCAGCGGAGUAUUUCGCUGCAGUCAACCAGCCCGUCUUGUUGCUUGCAAGCGCGAGCGACCCGCGCCGGCAGCCUGACCGACGCCGCCAGCAACGGCACAGCGCAGACUCCCACCGCAGCAACAGCAGCAGCAGCCACCACCACCACCACCACAACGCAGGCAGUCACGGCGAUGAUGAGGAUGAGGAUGAUGAUGAUGAUGAUGACGAUGGCUUCUAUCCAACCACCUUUGAAGACGAAACCACGCGCCACAUGCCGACAUAUGUGCCAAACGAGGCCGUUGUGAACGCAAAGCAGUAUGAGCGGAUCCUGAAGCGGCGGCUUGCACGGCAGAAGCUUGCGCAGGAAGGAAGGCUCGUUGUCCGCCAUGGCAAGACAGCGCUACACCCAUCACGCCAGAAGCACGCGCUGAGGCGACGGCGAAACACAAAGGGCAGAUUCACUUGA